AGUGGGGGCAGGGGGGGGGGGGCGGUCAGUCCGAGUCGGCGUGCCUGUCAGAUGGUAUUCCUGCUCGUCUCGCUCUGCCAGUGAAGUCUGAUCGUGGUCCAGCCGGCGGCGCUCGGCGGUGGUCUCUCUCUCUCUCGCUCUCUGGUGGGCUCCCGCUAUCGCGGCAUCGCUUCAGAAGCGUCUGAGGCCCUCUCGGCCAGGGCCCGUGGAACAGGUCCCAGGUUUUGGCAGCUGGGGGGAAAAAAAAAAAAGGAAAAAUGGAGAACGUCACAUCGCGGGCAACGAAGGGGAUCAACCUGACAUGCGGCAUGUCCGGAAACCACGACAUCAUCUUCACUUUGGUGCCCAUCGUCUACAGCUGCAAUUUUGUCAUCGGCAUCGUGGGUAACAGCAUGGUGGUGGCAGUCAUCUACUGCUACAUGAAGCUCAAGACGGUGGCCAACAUAUUCGUGCUCAACCUGGCCGUCUCCGAUCUCACCUUCCUCAUCACGUUGCCCAUGUGGGCCACGUUCACCGCCACGGGCUACCACUGGCCCUUUGGGGGCUUCCUGUGCAAGACAAGCGCGGGGCUGGCCAUCUUCAACCUGUACACCAGUACCUUCUUCCUCACCGCGCUCAGCAUCGACCGCUACCUGGCCAUCGUGCACCCGGUGCGCUCGCGUCGCUUCCGCACGGUGGCGUACGCCCGCAUCUCCUGCGUGGUGGUCUGGCUGGUGGCCUUCGUCCUCAGCGUGCCCACGGCGUUGACGCGGGACGUGCACAACAUCGCAAACUCCAACAACACCUUGUGCGGCGUCCUGCACCCCACCGGCGAGAAACGCGUGAGGCUGAAGGGUCUCCUACUGGCGAUCAACCUGAUGAAGAGCCUGAUGGGCUUUCUCGUGCCCUUCGUCAUCACCAUCACGUGUUACUGCCUGAUCGGGCGGGCGCUGGUGGGCGCCAGGCACAUCCAGAAGAGCUCGAGGUCCCGCGACGACGAAGUCCUGCACAUGCUCGCCGCUGCCGUUCUGGCCUUCUUCCUGUGCUGGAUGCCGCACCAGGUGUUCCACUUCCUGCAGGUUCUCACCCAACUCAUGCUGGUGGAGAACUGCGCCAUGGUGGAAAUCAUCGACACCGCCAUGCCCUUCACCAUCUGCCUGGCUUACCUGAACAGUUGCGUCAACCCCAUCGUGUACGGCUUUGUGGGACGCAAUUUCCGCAAGAAUUGCAAGCGACUGCUGCGCUGUUCGCCCCCCGGGCCUCCGGGGGCGCACCCGAGCAUCAGCUCCAAGAUGAGCGCCCUGUCCUUCCGGGCCUCUGAGGCUCUGAGCCUGACGGCCCAGAAGAGCAAGCCUUCAUCCGAAGGCAAGUAAAGGCAGGGACAGGAUUUCUCUUGAUUACAAUGGCCAAGAGACGACAUUCCGUGGUUGGAAAAAGUCCAAAACUCGAAGAACUGAAGCACGCAAAGACUGUCUUGAUGUCUCGUAGCAUGCUUGUCAAUCAGUCACAAGGAAUAUUCAGAAGAAACAUGUCACUUAACAUAACAGUAACACCUUCUUUGCGCCAGCGUGGUACACACAUACCGACGAUCGGGACGCAUUUUAGUAUAUUUCCUCCCUUGCGGUAAAAAUUAACAAGGACCCGGUUAUAGCGUGCUGUACGGCGCAUUAAGAGCGAUUUUUCCCCACCCCGAUUUGCUAGGAAAGCAGUUGUAAAUGUUGAACAUGUUCAAUAUUUACGAUCAAAAAUCGUUACAUCUCUGGUCAACACAGUUCAACUGGCUCCAUGUUGUGAAACGUUAAGCAGUUUACACACAUGCUAACAAUCGGGCCAAAUGUUAGCAUUUUCCCUCUGUUGCGAUCAAAUUAAGCAAGGGCCCGAUUUUAGGGGGUGUGUUACAAGUAAACCAACACCAUUCUGCUUGGAAAAUGUUUAGGGUCGACAAUCGCAAAUCCUUGUGUGCGUGCGCUAAGCCAUGGAGCUUGUAAAUGUGGCAUAAAAAGUGAUUAAGUGGUUGGUUUUUUUUUUGUCCCCAUUAUCAGACCUCAACAGAAAAGAUUAUUCUGUGCGCUAUCAACUUUUACAAUUGAAAAUCCUCAUGAAAUGAAACAGCCAAUCGGGACUGGACCUGAAACUCAUUCCGCUGAGCAAUUGGUUGUCUUGAGUGUUUGUACGAAACAUCUCAAAUCGUAAAUCCGGGAAGUGAUUGUAAAACUUUUACGUCAUCCAAGCGUAGACAAAAACAUUUUGCGAUUGAGCGUACGCCAUCUUUCCAAAACAGAUAUCGGGGCUCAUUUGGGUCGGAUCCCCUCGCCGGAUUUUCUCAUUUCCCGAGAGCACGGAAAUUCAUUCGAAUCGGCUGCUUCAAACCAAAAUGGCGGACUUCCUGUCUAAUUUCACAGUCCUUGAGUCUUUUUUUUUUUUUUUUUUUGUACGCCUUGUAAUGACAAAAACAUCCACCCAGUUUCAUGCCAAACAGUGAAAUUGGUGACCGGGGGGGUCCUCGGUCUACGACUGAGAUCCGUUCCCACAGUGGCGACAUAACUCGAAUUUCGACUUAAGUCGGAUUCCUCCAUUAAAGUCAGAAUUUACAUCAAAAUACUUUGCAUAAAAAAAACAAAAUACAUCGGACUGCGUGCGCACGCUGCUUUCGCCAAGUGUUUGCAUUCUUCCUGGUGAUAAAAAUGUUUCGUGUGCUCAGCAGCUCUUUCGCCAGUCAAAGAGAAAGAAAAAAAAAAACAAUUAAAAAGUAGUGUUUUGUAAAGCAGUGAAAGUGACGUAAAAAGUACUGCACGGCAAAACAAAUAUCGAGAAUGUUAUUUGGUAAUCGUAAUUGUCCAAUAUGUUCCUUGUCCAAAUGUUUAAAAAAAAAAAAUGUCAAUACUUGGUGGUAUCAUAAUGUACAGAAAAUGGGUGGUUGUCUUUGUGGUAUUUAAAUACGAUGAUGUAUUGUUUUCUACUGUCUACGUGUACAGUUUGUGAAUAUGUGAGAUAUGAAUAAAAUACAACAAUGUGGACAUAAUCCCAGCGUUCCCCUUUUCUAGGUUGAUGUUGAAAUGUGUUAUUUUUGAAAAUGUUCACCUUGCAUGUUAAGGUCGUGCGGUCCGAUGAAUGAUUGACUUAUGUGUGAUUACG